UGUUAACCAUCAUUCAGUACCAAUAAUAACCAUUAACCUGGUUAAGAAGAAGACGAAUCAUCUUAACCCGUUCAGGGAGACAAAGAAGACAAAAUAAUUCCAUUUUUAUUUUCCUUUUUUUUCUUCACUCACCAUCUUCAUCUUAAUUAGUCCUUUAAUCACAAUUUGUAUCACUCUACUUUUUACUGUCAUUUGUGCCUUAAUUCAUCAACCCAUUCUCAUCAUCCAUCAACAGUCAUCGAAAAUCAACUUUUAAUUUAUGAAACUUUUACAAACUUGCAACUAAAAUGUUUUCAAAACGAUUACGAUUCUCAAUAUUAUUAACAGUAAUAACACUUUUUUACCAAAUAGUCAACUUAAGUUCUGCUCAAGUUUUAAAAGCAAAAGUUUCGACUGGUUGGACUGAACAUGAUCUGGAGACGUACCCACCAAAGAUCAAUGAUGAAAGUUAUUUGUAUUAUGCUGGGAAAACAUCUGAUUUAAAUGGUCUCAAGAUAGUUGUCAAGACAAUUCCAAGUAUUAAUAGCACGGAAAAGUUGAUUCAAGCUGAUGUCAGCUUCGACUAUUGGGGUGUUGGUGGUACAUUAGAAGCUGAUAAUCUUGCUACUAAUUUCUUCAGCGUCGGUGUCAGUGCUUAUUCAGAGGCUAAACCACAAACUGUAUUUGCUUACUUUAAUGAUUCCUAUUUGGGUGGCGAUUCUUGGGGCACUUUUGAGUCAACCUUCCUUCAGCCCGUUUAUCCAGCUCGAAUCAUGAUAACACCAAACUUGGCAAGUACAGGAAGCGACAAUUCUUAUUAUGUUGCACUCAAAGGAAUCCAAGUUACCUAUUUCAUUGAAAAUACUGAAACAGUAAAUUCCAUUGAUCCAACUACCAAUACGACAGUUCCACAGGAAGUAAAAUCAACUCGAAAUGUAACUUUAUCAUGUGAAUCAGAUGACUGUUAUGAUUUUGAUUUGGUAAAUGGGGCAACUUUAUACUGGUCUGAUAGAUUUUUCCCCACAAAACCACAAACAUUUACCAAAUUUUUGACUCCCAAUGCUGGCACAAUAGCUCCUUAUCAAUUAACAUUGACCAAGGCCAAUGCAACUGAUGUUUGUGUCUCAAUUAAUUACUGGUUAACCGAAGCAUCCAAUUUAACGGUUCAACUUGAUUCAAGUACAUCUACAAUUGUUUUAUCACCAACUUAUUCACUUUCAACAUCAACUUCAAUUGAUGUUGCUGAUUCAAUGUAUGAUUGGUACACAGUCCAGAUUUGUAUGAGCCACUUUGUGUAUGCGGCAGCUAGUGGAGAUCACAUGAUAUCAUUGAUACCUGGAAAAGCUGGAGAAUCGGAAUUUAUAGCAGUCGGGGAAAUACUUGCCGCGAUGUAACAAGACCAGCCUUGACAGAAACAACCAAAAUGAUUCUUGAAAGUUGGACAAAGAGUUCAGUUGAGCCAACCCAACAAUGGCAUUACCUUCCGUCAGUGGGUAGCACAUCACCCGAAAAAAAUUCACUGCUAUUUUCAUCUGUUCCAAAUGGCAAUAGUAUUAUUUACCUUUACUCGGACUGGUUCAAUUAUACAUCAGGUCUUGAGCUUCGCCAAUCAAUGGGAAUAACUUCAUGUCCACCCAAAUUAACGGUUCAAGUUCAAUUAGUAGAUGGUGCAAACAAUUUAGUCUCAACUGAUGUUUCUGAUUUGUGUGAGACAAAAACAAAUACAACAUCACAAAAAAUAUUUCAAUUAGCUCAGGGACAAUUGGGACAACAGCAUAGACUUCAGUUUGUCAUUCACUGGGUUGAGGGUAAUAGUCAAGCAACAUUAUCCGUUUCAGCUGUUGAUCUAUCUGAUGCUUGUAGAGAUGAUAGGGUUACAUGUUCAGACCAUGGUACUUGUCAGGUCACUCAGCCUAAUGAAUAUCAUUGUCAAUGUGAGCCUGGAUAUAUGCGAGAGCGUUGUCAAAAGCCUGACUAUUGUGUUUUAACCUUCCCUGAAAAAGAUGCCACUGGCGCUACUACAUCUAUUAAUGGUACAGAUUAUUGCCAACAAAGACUUGGAACUUGUAAUCCUGAAACAUUUGAUCCAGUCAUGAGAAAAAUCUGUACCUGUGCAUCAAAUAACUACUGGAAAUACGAUGCAUCAAUAGGUCACUCUUGUGCCCCUCUCGAUCCAUGCACAGGUAUCAAUGUCUUCUGUCCUGCAGGAUAUGUUUGUAAUGCUGGUACUACCUCUGAUACUGCUACUUGCACAGCCUGUGACACUACUAACGGUUAUGUUGCCGGUGCGAACGGUACAUGUGUAAAAUCUAGUCCAUGUAGUUCAAACCCGUGUAUUAAUGGAGGUAAAUGUAAAGAAUAUGAAAAUAAGCCAGUCUGUUAUUGUGAAAAUGGUGCAACUUACGAGACCGCAACUGGCUGUGACUCAGAUGUAUGUUCAUUAGAUACCCGAGAUGAGCUUGCUUGCUCUCAUACUUGUACAACAACGCUGGGUGUAUCACACUGUACCUGUUUACCUGGCUACGAGUUGGUCGAGAAUACAACUAACUGUGAGCCAACAUUUAAUUGUACCGCCAACUGUACCAGCUCUGAAUCAAUUUGUCUUUUAAAUGCUAAUACACAGUCUUGCGGUUGUUUACCUGGUUAUGUAUUAAUUAGCCCAGCAAAUGAAUGUGUUGACAUAUGCACAGCUGCAGCUUCAAAUGAUACACAAGCAAUGGAUCAAGUAAAGUCAAUUUGUGGCUCCUCAACUUGUUCAAUGGUAAACUCAAAGUUGACCUGUACUUGUUCUGCUCCCUACGUAAAUGGUCCCGAUGGUCGAUGUCACAUUGAAACUGCUUGUCUACCUGGUGGUAAGGGACACGCCCAAUGUUCAUCUAGAGGAGCAAUGUGCCAGCCAAAGUUGUCAGCAACUGGACAAGAUUUGUGGGAAUGCAUGUGUCCCAUUGGAACGACUGUAGGAGCAAACAAUAACUGUGUGGACCAAUGUUCAAUUGAUGAGAAAAGUUGUCUUUUUGAUAACGCUGUGUGCCAAAAGUCUUAUCUGAUAGGAGCCACAACUCAUGAUUGUGUUUGUCAGCCAGGGUUGAAGAAAAAUGAAACUGAUGGUCAAUGUUAUCUGAUUGAGCGUUCGUUAAGAGUUGAGAUGACUACUCGUCUAGAUGAACAAGUAUCAGCAUUACUUAUCUCUAAGGCACGGCACACAGUUAAAUCCUUUUUCAUGAGCGCUCCAACAAUGGACGAAGUCUGUCCCUAUUACGCACCAUUAGAUAUACCCGGGUGUAUAGAUUAUUUAACCACGGCCGCAGAAAACCAGUACCAAACACAGAAACCAACACUCAUGGAGAAGGCUAUCCGUCAGGAGCUGAUAAACAAUUUGCAGCUAGAUUUAGCCAAUGUCUAUGGUAGUACUUUUGGCGACAUCAAGAUCAUUGAUUAUAGUAAAUUAAAUGACGCAACUUCAGUGGCUGGUGAUUAUAAGGUUAUACUGUCGCUUGAAUUGACUGAUCCAGAAACUGAAACCAAUCUGAUUCCAUUGAAUGAUGAAGCUGUCUGCCAUCCACUGCCCAACACAAUUUCAGAAGCAGCAUCUUAUUGUGUAAUACCAACUCACUCUGUUAUACAACGGGCAUCAAUCCAACAAACUGAGCUGGUUCCAUGUAAUGAAACCUUGAUUGAUUAUUGUCCAUCCAAUACCCAAUGUAAAACUUUGGAUAACAGUAGAUUCAGUUGUGAAUGUAAUCCUGGCUUUAAAGCUGAAACAAUAAUACAAAUGGAUAUGGAUAGAACUAGUUAUUACAAAGAGUAUUGUGAAGAUAUUGAUGAAUGUAGUUCAACAACUAACCCAUGUCGAGCCCACUCAAGCUGUAUAAACACUAUUGGAAGUUAUAUGUGUCCAUGUAACCAUGAAUAUAUUGAAGACACCAAGACAGGAGAAUGUAUAAGUGUCUGUUCAACGGUUACUUGUGUUCACGGGGAAUGUAUUGUCAUAACAAACAACACUGGAUCUUGCAGAUGUAAUGAAGGUUACCGAGGUGAUACCUGUGAGGAACAAGAUCCAAUGGUGAAAACAUUCCGAACAGCCUUGAUUACUGUCGCUGUUGUUUUGGGUCUUCUCUUGAUUGCAGUUGUUCUGGUUGCUGUUAUCUUAAUCAAAAAGGCAGAGCAAUCAAAAAUACUACCUCCUGUUAAACAUGUUCACGGUAUACCCUUAACGAAGGUCGAACAGUUAAGAGGGCCUCUCGAGUCUUCUCAUUUCUGAGCUGAACACUUCCCAAGCAAGAACAGAAUAAAGGAAAGAAAAUGAAAAAAAACGAAAAGCAAAAAAACUCUGAGUGGAAAAAUUGAUUCCCUGUUGAUUCCAAUUCCAUGAUUAUUCAAUCAAUCUUUUUUUUCUCUGUCACUCUUUCCUUCAUCAUCAUCAUCAUCAUCUUCCUGCAUUUCAUCAUCUUGUUCACUCUUUACAGAACUAAAAGAUCAGCCAUGAAAAGCAAUGCUGAACGACCGAUGGCUGAAUACAUGGCUCAAGUACCCAAAAGAUAUCAGGAUAACUCAGGAUUUACCAACGAUUAGAUGGACUGCCUGUUAAUCAUGUUUAUCACCUUUAUGUACAUGUUUAAUCAAAGAGAAGAAAAAAAAUUAACAAGAAAAAUGUUUAUGUAAAGAUUAUUAUUGUAUUUAGUUACUUUGAAUCUGAGUUUGAAAGCUUUUUUGGUUUUGUCGAUAAAAGGCAAAGUGAGUUUUUCAAGAGAUGAACAGAGAAAAUAAAAAUGCCGAAAUUGCCCUUUUAA